CCCAAGGACAUCUUGUUUUAAGCCAGCUUUCUUCGAGUCUAUAAAACGGGGCCAGGGGAGAUAAACAACGAUCACAUCCGGCAGCAGAGCCACCCUGGUGCCCCCGAGAGCGUCGUGUCCUACAGCUCUAAAAUGCGCUAUCAGGCAUGGGGUGAGCAGAGCCACCCCGGUGUCCCCAUGCCAUGCCCCCGCCGGUGGUGCCCUCACCCCUCUGAGUCUCCCCGUGUCCCCCCUCAGCCAACACGUGGUGGAGGGCGAUGGUCCCAGUGCCCAACAGCACGGCGGUGACAUGGCCGGAGCCGGAGCGGUCGCCCUGCAUGGUUGGCAUCUUCCCUGUCGUGUACUACAGCAUCCUGCUGGGCCUGGGGCUGCCAGUAAACGUCCUGACAGCCGUGGCCCUGUCCCGCCUGGCCACGAGGACCAAGAAGUCAUCAUACUGGUACCUGCUGGCCCUCACCACAUCCGACAUCCUCACCCAGGUCUUCAUCAUCUUCGUGGGCUUCAUUCUGCAGACGGCCAUCCUGGCACGGGCGGUGCCCCGCGCCUUCAUCCACAUUGUCAACGUUUUGGAGUUCACAGCCAACCACGCCUCCAUCUGGGUCACCGUCCUGCUCACCGUGGAUCGCUACGUGGCCCUGUGCCACCCGCUGCGGUACCGCGCCGUCUCCUACCCCCGCCGCACCCGCAGGAUCAUCGCCGCCGUCUUUGCCGUGGCUCUGGCCACCGGCAUCCCCUUCUACUGGUGGCUGGACGCCUGGCGUGACGCCGACCCACCCACCGCACUGGACAGGGUGCUCAAAUGGCUGCACUGCGUCACCAUCUACUUCCUGCCCUGCAGCAUCUUCCUGGCCACCAACUCCGUCAUCAUCCACAAACUGAAGCAGCGCGGGCGCUCCGGAAGACGCCAGCCGCACCGAGGCAAAACCACAGCCCUCCUCCUGGCCGUCACCACUGUCUUCAUCGUGCUCUGGGCGCCCCGCACCGCUGUCAUGAUGUGCCACCUCUACGUGGCCUCGGUCAAGCGGGACUGGCGCGUGCACCUGGCCCUGGACAUCGCCAACAUGGCAGCCAUGCUCAACACCACCCUCAAUUUCUUCCUCUAUUGCUUUGUCAGCGAGACGUUCCGCCGCGCCGUGAGCGAGGUGCUGUGUGCCCACACGUGGCAUGGCCCCCGCCACAGCGGCGCCCGCGUUGUGCCCCCAACCCUGAGCCCACUGCAGCUGCUGGGCACGGCGUGCUCAGCAGAGGGCUGCCACCAGCUGGGGGUCUCGAUGCUCAGCCAGCACCCAGUGGGACCGUGCCCGAGGGAUGCUGCCCCGCUGCGCCCACACCCACAGAGCUGCGGUGCUGGGGGUGGUGGGAGCUCACAGCUGCUCUCCAGCUCCAACAACGCAGCAAAUCUACGCCCAGGUGAGCUCUGCAGCCCCGGGGAGGAGGCAAUGUGAUGGGGUUGAGCUCUCCUGCAUAAACUCCGAUGUUCAGUCUAUAAUGCUGCGUGGGUCUGGCUCCGUCUGCGUCCCUCUGCUCAGCCUGGUGCCCUCAGGGUGCUGGAGUCCUGCGUGACCCGGCUCCCACCCAUGUCCCCACUGCGUGGCACGCACACAGCUCAGAGCCACGCUCUCGCUUACACCACCACACUGCUGCAAUGCUGAGUGAGCAGCCGGGGCCGUGCCAGCCUCCCUGCCUGUCCCCAGCUGCCACCAGAGGGCAGGGACAGGACACCCAGCAGAGCUGGCACAGGCAGCAGCAGGGAGCUGGCACCCGUGGGAGCAGCCGGGUCCGGAGCAACAGCCCUGCCUGCCCCACUUUCCAUCCUAAUUCUCCCAUAAGGUCCUUACUAUAAUCCCCCCCAAACAGAGCGGCCUUUCCACUGUAAUUCCUCAUAAACCAGCACCCAUGGAGCUGCCCCAGUGCUGGGGGGCUCGGCUGACCCUGGAGUAUUUGGGCUGCCCCAAGCAGGGCACAGAGAGCAACCCAGUGCCCUGCGCCCACCAGGCUGAGCCCAGCACUGUGGUGGGAUGGGGCACAGUAGGAUGCCCACCUACCUUUGCUCCCACUGCACGUAAGGUGAGCCCAGGAUGACCUCAUGAUGUGGGGCUGACCCACACGGGUACAGGCACACAUCUAGGGCGAUGCUCCUCACACUCUGCAGCCCUGGGCAUAAUGCUGACCCCUGCAUUACAUCGGGGGGAUCCGACCCCCAAUGCCCUGUUCCCACCAACAGGGUUCAGCCCGAGCCUCGCUGGGGUGGGUGGUAGCCGGGAGGUCCUCGCUCCAUUAAUUCUGGCAUUUCAGGAGAGGACUGGGGCCAGAUUAGACAUUAACCCAGCGGUGAGCACCUCCUGCCGCCCC